AUGAGGGGCGUUCAGAUUUUCUCGGGCACAUCCCACCCGGCUCUUGCAGAGACCAUCUGCGAGCGAUUGGGGACUCAGCCCGCCCGGGCUGAUCUGGGAAAAUUCAGCAAUGGAGAAACGAGCGUCAACAUUGGUGUCUCGGUGCGGAACCAGGAUGUCUACAUCCUUCAGAGCGGCAGUGAAAAGAUCAAUGACAGCGUUAUGGAGCUGUUGAUUAUGAUCUCUGCUUGCAAAGGUGGUUCCGCAAAAUCCAUCACAGCGGUUAUACCGUACUUCCCUUACUCUCGUCAAUCCAAGAAGAAGAGCCACCGCGGUGCCAUCACCGCUAGAAUGUUUGCGAACCUGCUUUCUGUUGCUGGUGUGGACCACGUGAUUACUUUGGACUUGCAUGCAUCACAAAUGCAAGGAUUCUUUGGGAAACCUGUGGACAACCUGUUCGCAGAACCCUUUAUUGCCCGCUGGAUCCGUAUGAAUGUCCCGGGCUGGAAGGAGGCCGUGGUCGUUAGCAAAAAUGCUGGGGGUACCAAGCGGGUUACAUCAUUGGCAGACACCCUGAAGCUCAACUUCGGGAUCGUCACGACGGAUAGAAGGCGCCCGAAGAUGUCCGUCAAGAUGUCUGACAGCACGGUCUUCUUUGAUUCCAUCGAUGAGAUGACUCCUGCCCCGACAGACCAGGACCCCUUCGUCGAUCAGGACUUGGUGUCUGGUCAGAAUUCCUCUGCACCAAGCGGCUCGCAGUCCGAGUCUGAUGAUAAGAGCACGGCUGCCAUCGACUACUUGCGCCCAGAGACCCCACCUGCCCGUCGUCCCUCGGAGCUAGAAGCCGCGAAUGAGACUACGGACGUACGCGUACGGGACGUGAUCACGGGGAGAUUGGUCCAGGGUCACCUGGUCGAUGAUGAUUAUCCUACUCCCACUCAAACGUCUGGUACCCAGUCUGGCGAUACGACACCAGGGAAAACAUCCAACCCGGAUGGUGUGGAUGGCAUCUCCGAUCCGAUGGCGGAUUCGCUCAUCUCGACUCAGCCAUCUCUCCCGGGCGACCAUGCUUUGGGUGGCUCUUUCGAUGCCGCUGAAUCGUCUGACGAUGAGGCUAGCGUCGCUCGCAUCAAAGAGCACGAAAAGACCAUCACGCUGGUUGGUGAUGUCCGAGAUAGAACCGUGUUUAUCGUCGACGAUAUGAUCGACAAGGCCGGUUCCUGGAUUGCCGCAGCGGAAACAGUAGUGAGGAAAGGUGGGGCCAAGAAGGUCUACUGCAUCGCUACCCAUGGUCUUUUUGGUACAGAAUCGCUGGAGCAAAUGGAAGCGUGCAAGGCGAUUGAUCACAUUGUUGUGACGAACACCUUCCCUAUACCCCCGCAUCUCAUGCAGAAGUCGAAGAAGUUGAUCAUCAUCGACAUCUCUAGCCUGGUUGCUGAGAGCAUCCGGCGCCAUCACUACGGAGAAAGUGUUUCGGCACUCUUCCACCUCAAUGAGUAA